UACAGGGGAAUACGGUGCGGGUUAGGGUUAGGGUUAGGGUUAGGGUUAGGGUUAGGGUUAGGGUUAGGGUUAGGGUUAGGGUUAGGGUUAGGGUUAGGGUUAGGGUUAGGGUUAGGGUUAGGGUUAGGGUUAGGGUUAGGGUUAGGGUUAGGGUUAGGGUUAGGGUUAGGGUUAGGGUUAGGGUUAGGGUUAGGGUUAGGGUUAGGGUUAGGGUUAGGGUUAGGGUUAGGGUUAGGGUUAGGGUUAGGGUUAGGGUUAGGGUUAGGGUUAGGGUUAGGGUUAGGGUUAGGGUUAGGGUUAGGGUUAGGGUUAGGGUUAGGGUUAGGGUUAGGGUUAGGGUUAGGGUUAGGGUUAGGGUUAGGGUUAGGGUUAGGGUUAGGGUUAGGGUUAGGGUUAGGGUUAGGGUUAGGGUUAGGGUUAGGGUUAGGGUUAGGGUUAGGGUUAGGGUUAGGGUUAGGGUUAGGGUUAGGGUUAGGGUUAGGGUUAGGGUUAGGGUUAGGCUUCGCGUUGGGGUACGGGAAGAGUAGCGCGACCGAGGUGGAGCAGAAGCUCCGUCAGGCGCAGGAGACGGCGCAGACAACGGAGGAGUCGCGCCAGCAGUACCGUCCGGCGGCAAAGCGUGGCGCCGUGCUCUACUUUAUAAUCUCGCAGCUUUCCGCCAUCAACCCCAUGUACGAGUACUCACUCUCUGCUUUCCUCCACGACGUUUUUGGCUACUCUAUCACCAAGAGCGAUGCCUCCUUCGAGAUUCAGGACCGCCUGCGCAACAU